UUUGUAUUUUGCAAGAGUGCUAAAAUUCUUGUAAUACGACUAUUUUGAGAAAAAAAAAGUUGUUGAUGAAAUUAAUGCUGAGGUAAAUUUUACUGGGCUAUAGGCCAAGGCACAACGAUAUGAAGAUGUCACACAGAAAAAAAGUAGAAGAGUGACACAUCUGACAUAUCAUAAAAUUACCUCUUCUACAAAAUGAAAUGUCUACUUAAGUGCAGUCUCAGCUUUCCUGAAACAUACAGUCCAGGGUUUAAACAUUAAUGGGCAUUGGUUAAAGGUCAUCCUCCAGGAGCAUCUGUAAACUGAAAAUCAUCGCCCUGAACAUGGCUGAUUUUGGAGAAAUUCUCCGGAAUAUAGGAGAGUUUGGAUUAUUUCAAAAGAUCACUCUUUUUGCUCUUUGCUUCCCUAAUGUUAUUCUUCCUUUUCAGUUUGCCAGUGUAUUUUUUAUCCAGUCAGAUCCGGAGCGACACUGUAACACAGACUGGAUCCUUCAGGCCGACUCUAACCUGACCACAGAUGAUCAGCUGAACCUGACUCUGCCCCGGCAGGAGGACGGGACCUUCAGCAGGUGUCAGAUGUUUGUCCCUGUGGACUGGGACAUUGGUGACAUCAGGGAGUUUGGACUCAAUGAGACCACAGGGUGCCAGAAUGGAUGGGUGUACUACAACACGCUGUAUGAAGCCACCAUAGUUACUGAUUUUGAUCUAGUUUGUGACCAGGCUAAUUUGUUGGAAGUGGCACAGACAAUGUUGAUGGCUGGCAUUCUUGUUGGUUGUCUCUUAUUUGGACCUUUUGCUGAAUCGUUUGGUCGUAAACGAGCAGCUCAGAUUCCAGUCAUUGUGAUGCUCAUAUUUACUGUAACAACUGGAUUAUCUCCCAACUUUUAUUUAUAUUUGGCAUCCCAGUUCAUUAUGGGAAUUGGCUACGGAGGUUUUCGACUGAACGGCGUCAUAUUAGCUACUGAGUGGAUUGGGGUGUCCAAAAGAUCAUGGGGAUCAUGUGUGACUCAGGUAUUUGGUGCAGUUGGACAGUGCGUCCUUGCUGGUGUGAUCUACUUCAUCAGAGACUGGAGACUAGCUCAACUAAUCACAGCAGCUCCACUUGCAGUUGUUGCUGUUUACAUAUGGUUUAUUCCAGAGUCAGCCAGGUGGUUGUUAAGCAAAGGAAGGACAGAAGAGGCUAAACAGCUGAUUACCAAAGUGGCAGCCAUCAACAAACGCACUGUUCCAGAGUCUCUGCUGGACAAGAUUGUUGAGAAAGAAACUGAGAAAAAGGGAGGCAUAAUAAUCCUUUUGCAAUCAUCUUUGCUUAGGAAGUAUUUCUUUACCAUAAUAUUGGCAUGGUUCUCCUUGAAUGUUACCUACUACUGCCUUUCAUUCAAUGUGGGAAAUUUUGGCUUGGACAUCUUCCUGACGCAGCUUAUGUUUGGUCUGACUGAACUACCAGCUCAUAUACUUUGCAUCUGGCUGUUAGAGGCACUGGGGAGGAAAGUGUCACUGAUGUCAACUCUUCUGAUUGGGGGAUUCUUGUGCAUGUUAAUCCUAGCUGUUCCUCAAGGUAAUGCUGUGGCUGUUACCACAUUAGCAACCUCAGGACGUUUUUUCAUGAACUGGGCAGGAUCUAUAUGCAAUGUGUAUGUUCAGGAGCUGUUCCCAACAUCUUUUCGACAAACAGCCUCUGGUUUGGGCUCCAUUGCAAGCAGAGCUGGAGGCUUGCUGUCCCCAUUGCUCAACAUGUUGGCCGUGUACCACUGGUCCAUACCCACCAUCGUUUUCAGCAGCCUUUCACUGAUCAGUGGAGCUCUCAGCUUCCUGCUUCCUGAGACCAGGAGAAAAGAGCUUCCUGAUUCAACAGAUGAGGCCGAGGGCAACAGAAAUAAGACAACACUGAAGAAUCAACGUGAAUCAACCAAGCCUGCACAAAGCAAAUCUACCAAACUGUAGUCUCAAUACUUAUAUUACUUAACACUCCAUUGGUGUUGUUGUUGUGCCACCCUCAGGCCAAAUGUCAGCACACAAGAUAUCUCAAAAUCUAAUCAGCUGAUAACUCUGGAAGUUAAUGACAACAUUCAUGCUCAGAGGUAACAAACCCUUUUAAUUUGAAUGACAUGUUGGCUUUACCUCUUGGCAUUGCUCAGGACAAACUUUAUAUUUUCAGUCAAUCCAUCAGUUUUUACCUUAAACUAAUACAGUAGCAUGGUACUUCAAUUAGUAACUGUUUACUGAACCUCCCUUGUAUUGGGGUGAUGGCAGAAGUCUCAGCAUAGGAAAUCUGAAAUUUCUGCAAAUAAAAGGGAAACCAUCUGCAAUGAG